AUGAGCAAUACUAAGCAUACCACUUCUCAUCACAUGGAACUCAAAAGGAUCAUUAUCCUUACACUUUUAUUCAUACUCAUAAUGUUGAUAUUUCGAAACUCAGUGUCCUUCAAAAUGACAUUUCAAGAACUACUGCCACGAUUUUACAAAAAGAAUUCAAACUCAGUUAGUAAUAAUAACAGGCCCUCAUCUAUUUUCUCGGAAAACUUGGUGGAUUUUGAUGAUGUUAACAUGGUCGAUAAGACCAGACUGUUUAUUUUUUUAUUUUUCAGUUUCAUCAUUACUAUACCGUUUAUGGUAUAA